AUGGCCGCCGCAAUUCCUGUUUUUACGAUCUAUGAUGCCAUGAUUUUAUGUCAAAUCCCUGACACUGGGAAUUUCCAAGGACAAACUGACGCUCAACGUAUGGCAGAAGAGCUCUUUGACAACAAUUUUGGCACUGCCAUGACCAAGUCAAUCAAGCAGGUCAACAUGGACCUUGCAACGCUUGCAUCCUUGACCGCUGUGCAAGGACGAAUUGUGUCAAGACCAAGGGCUCAAGACCGAAUCAGAGCAUUUGUACAGUGGGUUCGCGAUGAAAUUCGGAUGGGCAGGAAUCCUGCACAACACCCUUUCCCAGCUGGAGAUACAUCUACUCUGCUGCAGCGAUUGAACUUCCAUCAAAAGUAUGUCAAAGAUUCUAAAACUUUAAUUGACAAUACGGUUCCACCCAAGUGGAGCAAAGAACAACAAUGGAAGCAAUGGGUCAAGCUGCUCCGUGACCACCUCCGCGCAUAUAUCGGUGUCAAUGGCAUCCCCCUUGUUUAUGUGGUCCGCGAGAAUGCAGCUCAAGACCCAACACCACAAGACGAUUUUCUUGACAAUUACAUCAACAUGGCUCUACUUGUUGGAACCGCCUUUAUUGUGGAUAACAAACAGGUGUUGGCUCUGCUGAACAAAUUUAUCAUGGGUUGUUCUGAAGCUGAAAUGGUAAUACAGGCGCUCAAUACUACUACUGAUGAUAGAGCUGCUUUCUUUGCAUUGAAGGCAUUUUAUGAAGGAGAAAAAUGUCCAGCUAUGUACUGGCAGAAAUUUGAACAAAUAUUAAAUAAUGCCUAUGCAACCAUGCAUCACGAAUACGGACGUGUAAUGUAUACUGACAUUAUGAAGCUACAAUCUCUCCAACAAAGAAUCAAAGCUGACUUCUUGUCACAGACAAAAGCGGCAAUUGAAGCUAACAUGCAUGCUAUUCCCAUGACUAUGUCAUAUGAUCAAGCCAUGCGAAUGUACCGUUCCAAGGUGUCAGAAAAAUUCCCUCCAGCUUCCGUAGCUGCCGUUGCUUGGGGGCGACACGUCAGAGAGAACAAUCGAAACACACGUGGGGGAGGACGUGGCGGCGGACGUGGACAAGGUGGUCGCAACCACCACAACAAUUCCCGCAAUAACCGCCGUUACAAUGGAAAUCGUCAACAACAUCCGGACGAACGCAAUAUCACUUUGAGUGAUGGAAAAGUCAUCAAGUACCAUCCGAGUUACAACUUUUCUUGUGAACACUUGGACCUGAUGACACAAGACCAACGCAAUACAAUGACGGCUGAAAGGACAGCUUAUCGCAAUCAAAACAAAAAUAACCAGGACAAUGCUAGUACCAACGAGAAUACAAGAAAUAUAGCCGCACUGAAUUCUCUGGUUGGAGAUUUGACCAACCGUUUGACUGUACCAACCGAAAUCACACAAGAUACUGCUGAUACUCAAAUCUCCCAAGUCACUACUGGCACCAACGGGCGCUCCAUUAUUGGAGGACGUCUACAACAAGCCCAACAGCGCCAAAAUGGAGGAAGUGGGACAACGCAAAGACUUGGUGUCCAAGAACCUGUGGCUGGCACUUACGCCGACAAUGAAAUGGACACAAACGCUGACACUUGUUGCUUGAGCAGCAAUUUCAUCAUUACUGCUUACACACAACGCUCAGCGGAUGUGUACGCUUAUGAUUCAACUCUACCGCCAAUGCAUGUUCCAAUUGUUUCAGGGGCGACAGCAUAUGAUUGUCCAGAAACCGGUUCUACUUUUAUUUUGAUCAUAAACGAAGCGCUCUACUAUGGAAACAAGUUGGACCACUCCUUGUUCAACCCAAAUCAGAUUCAAAGUUACGGUACUCCUCUUUGGAACAACCCAUACAAUGAUGUGCAUGAAAUUGGGAUUGAGGCUACGGACUUGUUCACACCACUACUAUCAAGGGGCACCAAGCUACUCUUUGGCACACGUGCUCCCACUAAGCAGGAACUUGAAAAGUGCCAUCAUAAUGAGCUCACAAGUAAAGUGCCAUGGGAGCCGUCAACUGUACAACUUGGGAAACUCUCAACGCGACGAAAUAUUCCUUUUGAAGAUCCACGAUCAAAUGAAUCUGAAAUGCGCAGUUUAGAUCCUGUGCAACACAACUUACAACAAUGGCGUGUUGUACAACAAAUCAAUGCAACUGCUGAUAGGUUUCAAGAUGUUCCAGUCCGGCCAUCAUUUGUAUCAACUGAACGGCACUCCAAAGUCACCGCAGAGAAUCUUUCUGAACGCUUGGGAAUCAGCAUUGGUCAAGCAAGAGCUACAUUAAACAUAACCCUGCAACGUGGAACCAGAUCAGCUAUUAUGCCACUUGCAAGGACAUAUUGA